CGAGGAUAACACAAACCCGGGUAGAGCUCAGGGCUAACACAAUCCCGGUGCAUCCCGGGCUGACAGAGCCCCGCGGAGCUCGGGAGAAGCCGCCGCGGCGCGGAGCGCCUCCAGCCCAUCCCACUCCCUCCUCCCCCGGAGCAUCUCCCGGGAGCCGGCAAGGGCUCGGGGCUGAGCUCCCAAGCCUGAGCAUGGCUCGGAGAAGCCUGGCCGAGCCGCAGCCUCCCGGAGCUGCCCGCUGUGCCCGGAGCCGCCCGCUGUGCCCGUCCUGCGCCGCCGCUGCCCCCGGAGCCGCUCCCGGGCACCUGCGAGGAUCCCAGCCCGGCUUCCCUGCCUGGUGACAGAGCCCUGGGGAGCUGCUCCAGGGCACUGCGAGGAUCCCUGCCUGCUGACAGAGUCCUGGGGAGCUGCUCCAGGGCACUGCGAGGAUCCCUGCCUGCUGACAGAGCCCUGCAGGGCACUGCGAGGAUCCCACUCGAGCUUCCCGGUUGGUGCCAGAGCCCUGCCGAGCUGCUCAGAGCACUGCGAGGAUCCCAGCUCGAUUCCCUGCCUGGUGCCAGAGCCCUGCAGAGCACUGCGAGGAUCCCAGCUCGAUUCCCUGCCUGAUGCCAGAGCCCUGCCGAGCUGCCCAGCGCACGGAGGGAUUAUUCAGGCAGCGGGGAGCGGGCAGUGGAAGGCAGCAGUUUGCCCCCCUCCUUCCCUGCCUGGGAGAAAGGAGUUGCCCAACCUGGUCAUGAGACUUUUCCAGACUUCCCAAAGAGGCUCCUGAAGUUGUGACACUGCAGCACGGAGAGCCCGGGGCAGCACAGCCCCCCCCAGGGCAGACACCAGGCACUGGAGAUGGAGAAUGAGGUUGGCAAAUCUGUGGACAAUCAAAUGGACAAAUACAUAGUUACAAUAAUGGGGAAAUCAGAAAGUCAAAUGGAUAUUGUGGAAAAAUCGACCAAAUCUGGGAAGAAGCCCUGGAGCUUUGUGGCCAUCGGGCUGGCUGUCCUGCUGCUCCUCAUGACUUGUGCUGCCGUCGCCCUGGUGAUCCUCUAUGCCAGCAGCAGAGGCUCCCACUAUGGCACCAACUCGGGCAACAUCUGCACCACCCCUGGGUGUGUGACAGCAGCUGCCAGGAUCAUCCAGAACAUGGACCCCACAGCUGACCCAUGCCAGGACUUCUACCAGUAUGCCUGUGGAGGCUGGCUGAACAGGCAUGUGAUCCCAGAGACCAGCUCCAGAUACAGCAUCUUUGACAUCCUGAGGGACGAGCUGGAGAUCAUCCUCAAAGGUGUGCUGGAGACUUCAGACCAAGGGGACAGAGAAGCAUUUCAGAAAGCUAAAAUCCUUUACAAGUCCUGCAUGAAUGAGAGUCUUAUAGAGCAACGAGAUUCCCUGCCUCUGCUGGAGGCCUUGAGGAUGGUUGGAGAUUGGCCAGUGGCUUCUGCAGACUGGAGUAAGACCAAAGAGCCAAGCUGGAGCAUGGAGGAAACCCUUUCCAUCAUGAACUCCAGGUUUAACAAACGUGUCCUCAUCGACAUGUUCGUGUGGAAUGAUGACAGGGAUUCCAGCAGACACAUCAUUUAUAUUGACCAGCCAAGUUUGGGAAUGCCAUCCAGGGACUACUACUUCAAUGGGGGCAACUAUCAAAGAGUGAGAGAAGCUUACCUGCAGUUCAUGAUCAGCAUCGCCAAAAUGAUCCGGGAAGACAAGAACGUGUCCAGAGAUGAUUCCUUUGUCCAAGGGGAAAUGGCAAAGGUCAUGGAGCUUGAAACAGAGAUUGCAAACGCCACCACCCCAGCAGAGGAAAGGCACGAUGUGACCUUGUUGUACAACAAAAUGACCUUAGCAGAGCUGCAGGAAAAGUUUGCAUUCAAUGAAUUCAACUGGACCUUCUUCAUCCAACGUGUCAUGUCUUCAGUGAGCGUUCAGGUGGACCCAGAGGAGGAGGUGGUUGUGUAUGGGAUGCCUUAUCUGCAAGAGCUGAAAGCAAUUAUCUCCAAGUACUCAGCCAGCACCAUCCAGAACUACCUCAUCUGGCGGCUGGUGAUCGACCGGGUCAGCAGCUUGAGCCGGCGCUUCAAGGACGCCCGGGCCAGCUACAGGAAGGCCCUGUACGGGACGACGCUGGAGGAGGCGCGCUGGAGGGAGUGCGUGAGUUACGUCAACAACAACAUGGAGAACGCGGUGGGAGCCAUGUAUGUCCGGGAGACUUUUGCUGGUGAGAGCAAGAGGAUGGUCCGAGAUUUAAUAGAGAAGAUCCGCGAAGUGUUCGUGGAGACCUUGGAUGAGUUACAGUGGAUGGAUGAGGCAUCCAAGGAGAAAGCUCGUGAGAAGGCAAUGGCAAUCAAAGAACAAAUUGGCUACCCAGAUUACAUUUUGGAAGAUCACAAUGAGAAACUGGACCUGGAAUAUGCCAAUUUAAACUUCAGUGAACACAGCUACUUUGAAAACAUCCUGGAAAACCUGCAAGCUGGAGCCCAGAAGAGCCUGAAAAAGCUUCGAGAGAGAGUUGACCAAGAUAUAUGGAUAAUUGGAGCUGCAGUGGUCAAUGCAUUCUAUUCCCCCAACAGGAACCAGAUAGUUUUUCCUGCUGGGAUUCUCCAGCCUCCCUUCUUCAGCAAACAGCAGCCCCAGGCCCUGAACUUUGGAGGGAUUGGGAUGGUUAUUGGGCACGAGAUCACUCAUGGGUUCGAUGACAACGGUAGGAAUUUUGACAAGGAUGGGAACAUGCUGGACUGGUGGAGCAACUUCUCGGCGCUGCAUUUCAAGGAGCAGUCCCUGUGCAUGGUGCACCAGUAUGGGAAUUACACCUGGGAGCUGGCAGGGGGACAGAACGUCAGUGGCAUAAGCACAUUAGGAGAAAAUAUUGCAGAUAAUGGAGGAGUCCGACAGGCUUAUAAGGCCUACUUGAAGUGGCUGGAGCAGGAAGGGAAGGAGCCAAAGCUGCCUGGACUGAACAUGUCCCACAAACAGCUUUUCUUCCUCAACUUUGCCCAGGUUUGGUGUGGUUCCUACAGACCAGAAUAUGCCAGUCAGUCCAUAAAGACAGACGUUCACAGCCCUCUGAAGUACAGGGUGAUGGGCUCGCUGCAGAACUUUGAAGCCUUCUCCGAGGUGUUCCACUGUAAGAAGGGCACGGCCAUGCAUCCCGCCGGGAAGUGCCGCGUGUGGUAACCGAGAUGGGACACUGGUGACACCACAAACAGCUCCUGGCAGGGAUGUGCCCGCUGUUCUGCUCAGCCCCAGCCAGCGCUGCCGGGGCAGCUGCUGCAGUGAGAGCCAGGGAAGCCCUCAGCUGUCCCAGUGGCACUGGAAGGAGGCAGGGAUCACGGGGAUGGAGCCCGGGACUGGCGAGGCCACGCCGUGUUCCCGGGCACGACGACUGUUUCCAAUGACAUCCUGACUGUUACUAAGACACUGCUUCAGGGUUACAAGGACUAAUUCUUACAUGAAAACAAAACCAACAAGCAGCCACAAAUCUAUUUUUCGGAAAGGAAUAAUAAUUUUAAUAUGUCAGCUCCACUUUCUGGGGCUCAGCAAUGCUGUCUGAGACGUUCCACUGCUCCGUUUCCAGUGUUCUGGUUCUGUUUCUGGCGCAUUUUUUCCCCAGAUCAGGUUAGAGCUGGUGUAAACUCUCGUGCUGUCUGUGCCCCUGCACUUUGAUCACUGCUUUGUUGUUCAUGGAUUGCUAUUUGUCGUGACAGUGAGCUCUAUGUCAAGAUGCCUGUCGCACUCUCCUCCUACACUUGAGUUCCUCUGCUCCAAAGAACCCCCUUCAAGUGAGGCAUCACUACAAUUAUCACCUUUUAAGAGUACAAAUUCUGUCUUUAUGGUUAAAUUACAGGGUCCCAUCCUUCAGAGAUAUAUUUAAAAUGAUGCUUAUUCUUGUAGAAAGUGUAUAAAAUACCUUUUGCCAAAUAGCAGACGUGUAUCCAUGGAAACAAUUAAGCUGGUUUUAAUCCUGUGCCUUUUUAUUUUGCCAUAGGCUAUUUUUCAGUAUUUACACUUGAAAAUGUAACAUGAAUAAAUUUUUA